UUUAAUUCGUGCUUUAUUCCGCUAUUUCCGGUAUAAUUCGCUUUGUCAGAAACCGGCUCUUUUCAAUUAUCGAAAGAUAUGGACAGACUGUUAAGACUCGGAGGAGGGAUGCAUGGCCUGGGGCAGGGAGCUCCGCCAUCUGAUGCCCCGGCAGUGGACACAGCAGAGCAGGUCUACAUCUCAUCCCUAGCUUUGCUUAAGAUGUUGAAGCACGGACGUGCAGGUGUACCCAUGGAAGUCAUGGGUCUGAUGCUGGGAGAGUUUGUUGAUGACUACACAGUCCGAGUGAUAGACGUGUUUGCUAUGCCUCAGUCUGGCACGGGAGUGAGUGUGGAAGCUGUGGAUCCCGUCUUCCAGGCCAAGAUGUUGGACAUGCUUAAACAGACUGGACGGCCAGAGAUGGUUGUUGGUUGGUACCACUCCCACCCUGGGUUCGGCUGCUGGCUGUCUGGUGUGGACAUUAACACACAACAGAGCUUCGAAGCACUUUCUGAGAGGGCGGUGGCCGUAGUGGUUGACCCCAUACAGAGUGUCAAAGGAAAGGUUGUGAUCGAUGCCUUCCGCCUGAUCAACCCCAAUAUGAUGGUGCUAGGGCAGGAGCCCAGACAGACCACCUCCAACCUGGGGCAUCUCCAGAAACCUUCCAUACAGGCAUUAAUCCAUGGCCUAAACCGUCACUACUACUCCAUAGCCAUCAAUUACCGUAAGAACGAACUAGAGCAGAAAAUGUUACUGAAUCUCCACAAGAAGAGCUGGGCGGAUGGACUUACACUACAGGACUACAAGACACAUUGUACAAAUAAUGAAUCUGUUGUGAAAGAAAUGCUGGAACUGGCCAGGAAUUACCACAAGGCCCUAGAGGAGGAAGAAAGCAUGACACCCGAGCAGUUGGCAAUAAAGAAUGUUGGCAAACAGGAUCCGAAGCGCCAUCUGGAGGAACAUGUAGAUGUCUUGAUGACAGAGAACAUCACCCAAUGUCUCGGAGCCAUGCUUCAUACAGUUGUGUUCAAGUGAUGGACUCGAUAUGUUUUCAUUGACUCGUUGACAUACAUUUAUGAAAUUCACAUGAACUUUUCACACAUGAUGCACGGAAGUGAAAUAUUCAUGGACUUUGAAUUACAUUAAGAUUUUUUAUGGAAUGAGACGCAUUGUAUCAGGGCUAUGAUUUACUUACAUAAUAUUACCGUUGGAUGAUACAUGUAUGUAAAUUGAUACAUGUUGUAUGCAUGUUUAAAUGUAAAGUAAAAUGAAACACUAAUGCACCUUAAAAAGGUCAUCAUUCUGUUUACAAGUGCUGUUUAAUAAAUCAUUUCAAAUAUUUUUAAUAGCCUUUAUUUAAUAUUUGUUAAAAAUGCAUAUAAAAGGUUUAUUUUUCUGAUAUAUAUAUAUAUAUACGAGUGAUUGUUUCCUUUUCCUCAUUAUAUUGCUACUAGAGCAAAUAAAUACCAGUAACCUGC